CAUAAUUAAACUAGGAACAUACAAACAAAAUCUAGGCAUUUGAUUGAUAUAUAUAUUUACAUUACAUAAUGUGUCCUUUAAGAUUUAUCUUGGUGUUUUUCUCAGCAUUGUUGGCUGGUUAUGUUGCUUGGAGUACCCUUGGUUCUUCUUCACCAGAUAUAGAUUGUACAAAAACUGAGAAAGAGAAACAAGAAUUCGAUUCCCCUAAGGUGAGAAAGUUUCAGAUGAUUCAAGAUGGAUUUUGGGUUUUUGUGGAUAUGGCAAGUGGCAAGUACUUGUGGAGGAAUCUCAAAGUUAUUAAAAGUUGUUAGUCAUGCAUUAUCGGGUUCGAGUUCUGGGCAUGAAAUUGUCUUUGUUAAGGAGCGUUUUACUUUCCUAAUGUGCGAUUUUGAACGAAUUUAAUCAGACCUCAAUACAUACAAAUCAUUUGAGAGAAAAAAAGUGUAGAAAGUCAUUGUUUUUGUAGAGUUCUGUAAUUAAUUGGGACAUCAUUGUAAUGUAUCAAUAUAUUCUUUUCUUUCUUCA